UGAGUGGCCUCAGGAAGAAGCCAUACUGACGCUGGGGACGAGGCCAGGCAGUCUGCAGAGGGAUGCCUCUGGGAGAGACUGGAAUUUCUUGUCCCCACAGAGUCUCUAAUUUUGGAAGCACCACAAUUUAUUGCAAAAUGAUGCCUGGUACGGCGAGGCAUGACCGAGACAUGGCAGUCCAGGCCAAAAGAAAUCUGGCCAAAACCACAGACCCAGUUGAGAGGCUUCGGCUGCAGUGUCUAGCAAGAGGGUCUGCAGGUAUCAAAGGACUUGGCAGAGUAUUUCGGAUUAUGGAUGACAACCAAAACAGAACCCUUGAUUUCAAAGAAUUCUUGAAAGGGUUAAAUGAUUAUGCUGUAACAAUAGACAAGGAAGAAGCUCAAGAGCUUUUCAGGAUCUUUGAUAAAGAUGGCAACGGAACAAUAGACUUUGAUGAAUUUCUUGUAACGUUAAGACCUCCAAUGUCUAAUGCCAGAAAAGAGGUGGUCAUGCAAGCAUUUAGGAAGUUUGACAAAACCGGUGAUGGUAUUGUAACCAUUGAAGACUUACGGGGGGUGUAUAAUGCAAAGCAUCAUCCCAAAUAUCAGAAUGGAGAAUGGACAGAAGAUCAAGUUUUUAGAUCCUUUCUAGAUAACUUUGAUUCACCGUAUGAGAAAGAUGGGAAGGUUACAACAGAAGAAUUCAUGAACUACUAUGCAGGAGUCAGCGCUUCAAUAGACACUGAUGUCUAUUUCAUUAUCAUGAUGAGAAAUGCUUGGAAAUUCUAACUGUACGAUUAAGGAAGCAAGACUUUAUUUCCAUCUUCUUAGCUCCACAUGAUUAAAUAUGUGCACAAUAAUAUGGUCACGUUUCCCAUAAUAGUACCUUGUAGUCACUGUGCUGAUUGCAGUAUAUCAGAAGAAACGAUACUCACUCUACCACAUUGUUUUGGCAGGACCAUGCUGAGCUGAUGCACAUGAUAGGCUAAGAGGAGAUUUGGCAGCCCUGCCAAUAAUCACGCCCCUUGCUUUUCCUCCUGCUCCCCUUAUCUGUGUUGUUUCUUCUCUUAUGUUUCUCCUCAGAUGUCUGCUAGGCUUCUUUUGUUCCCAAAUAUGUCCCCAAUUCAUGUUAGGCAGCUGUGUUUCAAAGAAGGUACCAUAGCACCAGAGCAGAGGAUUCUGGGUUGUAUAUACUCAGUGUAUAAAUGUGUAGGUAUUUUUGUAGCAUGUAUACGGUCCUAAAACUCCAUAGAUUUGUCUUCCUUCUUUUUCCUUCUAUUCCUUUGUUUCUUGACUUUUUUCCCAUUCUCUGGGACCACCUGUCUACUGUUUCUCUUAUCAAAGUCACCAGUGGGCAUUGAUGCUUUACAAUGUUCUCUUAACUGUGUAAUUGAAAUACCUACCAGUGCUCCACCCAGUGUCUAUGCUGGACCUAAACUGAAAGACUACACAUAUUAUUAAGCUACUUCUCCUGGGAAUUUUUUAUGAACUAAAGAACUUUAGAAUCUUAAUUUUUCUUGGCUUUGCUACUGAAAAAGCCUGGACGUUAGUUAAUUGGAAGAGAUAACAGGACUCUUCUGUCAUGUCAGUGUCUGAGAGAGCUGAUGUCUGGUCAGCUACCUGUGAGAAGAGGGAUGGUAAGAGAAAGGGCCUGUCUGAAAGCCAUACUUCCUCUAGUUAUCCUCGCUUUGUUUCCUUUUCUCAUUUCUCUUGUCAGUUUGUCCCAGAGUAAACUGUUGCCAUAUAAAUGGUUUAAACAGAGCAGGAUUUACUCCAGUUAAUUUGUGCAAGUGCCAUAUACCUGUGUUUUCAAUCUCUCAAUUCUUAGUAAAAGAUUCAAGGUUUUGACAACAAACUGAGCCAUGUUCAGAGCCAACAAAAAGUCCUAUGGGCUGCAUUUUCACAAGCACUUAACACCCAGAAGUGGCACUAGAUUUUCAAGAGCUCUGCUCUUAUUUACAUACCAAACUAAGUGGCCUGAUUUUCAAAAGUUCAGUGUGUGAUUUUUGAAAAUCUAACCUUAAAUGUUACAAUGGCAGUUAGUAGCUACUGAGCACUCUAAAAUCUGGCCCUGAGCUGUUUGGAAACCUGGCCUUAUGGGAUACACUUGCUAUUUAGUUUAAAUAUGAUCACAACAGUAGGUAUCUGGAAUUCCUCACCACAGGCUGUGCAAUCUCAAUGUUUUCCUUGAUCUGGUAAGGCUCUGCACACUUGCAAUGUAUUAACUAUGGAAUGGAAUGGAAUUGAUGGGAAUAGAAAGGGAAAUUAUUUUGAUUAGAUAAUGUAUCAUCAAGGAAAUGGGGGCUAUUUACAUAAUGUGAUGCUGUUGUGGACCAACAAAUAAAUUCAUGUACAUGAAGUAGAAAGGUGCAUGGUACAUGAAUAAUACAUGUGCCAUUUCACAUACUGGCAGUUAUAUGUAGCCACUUUCUUAUUAAUUUAUUUAUUGGUUCUGUAACAGGUAUAUUAUCUACCUUGCACAUUUUAAAUAAAGAUGUAACAUUAGUGGGCUGUGAGAGUCACAAAGUGAAAAAUGAUCCCACUCUGGCGUAUACCGUAUCUAAAGACUCCCAAAAUCCACAGUGAUCUGUUGUGCUGACAUUUAAUCAAGUGAAGUGAAAAGUUUUGUCUUACUAACCUUAACUCUUGACUAGUUUGUCUGUUUCAUACUAACCAUAUAAAAUUGUAACAUUUAUUCAAGGCCAAGUGCAAUAUGCCUUUUCAAACGCAAUUUUUUCUUUGUAAAUGGAUGAAAAGCUCUGACGCUGCAAAACGUAUUGUCCCUGAUCAUACACUAUUAAAGUCAGUGGGAACUUUGCCAUUGACUUCAGGGAGCAAAGGAUCAAGACCGUUGUGAUUAAUGAAAGAUCACUGCUUUGAGAUUAGAUUUCCUUCUCUUUCUGCACCAACCCUGAGUAACAGAACUUUGUGCAGAGAAAUGAGUGAGGUGAACAGGGACAGAAUUUGUACAUCCCAUUCUGGAGACAGCAGGACUCUCUGGCCACUAUUGCAAUAGGCUGAAAACCAGCUCAUCUCCCUUUGGAUUCCCUGUACGUAAAUUCUGGGCCAUUGGGAUUGGUCCUGCUUUGAGUUGGGGGUCGGACUAGAUGAUCUCCUGAGGUCCCUUCCAACCCUGGUAUUCUAUGGUCCCUCUCCUGCCACACACUUUUUUCUGGAAGUCAUUAUAUGUGAAUAAAGAACCCUGAACACUUC